CCAAUGCCAGUCAUGGUAGAUAGGACACCUUGUACACUGUAUCAUUUGGCUGAGCAAGCUAGCUAAACAAUUACUUGGGAACCCAAAGAGGAAAGACUUUAGGAAUUGAUGCUGACUUUCAUGUUUACUCUUUUCCGAUGACCAUUUUGAUGCUCGUUGUACAUGAUACGAGACUAUCCAGCUCGUAGGAAACCUUGUCAUUAACAUACAGAUGUGGAUACAGUAGCUACACUGGGUCCAUAACUCAUCAUCAUCAUAAUCAUCUUCAUCUCCAUCAUCAUCAGAUUUAUUUCGAGUGGGAUUGGAGCACAGUACGGACCCAGAGCGGAUGAUUUACAGCCUAAGCAAACCGUGAACUGAAGGCUCUGCCAGGAGGCCUCGCUCUUUCCUUACUUACAUACUCCUUUUUUUUCUGCUGUGGGGGAAGAAUCACGAGCCCAGCUGCUUCAGACAGGUGGGACAGGGAGAGUGAGGGACAGAGUGUGGGCGAGCGAAAGACAGGCGCCUAGUUGCCAUUUGCGGCCCUGUACACUCAUCAGGACGGCCACAACCUUUGCCAUCUGAUCUCAUCACAAGCUCCACCCUGCCCCCAUCACAACCCCGCCAAUUACAGCAGAUAUGGGGAGGAAAAAGAUCCAGAUCCAGCGAAUCACAGACGAGCGGAACAGACAGGUGACGUUCACCAAGCGCAAGUUUGGCCUCAUGAAAAAGGCCUAUGAGCUGAGUGUAUUGUGCGACUGUGAGAUUGCCCUCAUCAUCUUCAAUCACUCCAACAAGCUCUUUCAGUACGCCAGCACCGACAUGGACAAAGUGCUGCUCAAGUACACAGAAUACAACGAGCCUCAUGAAAGCAGGACCAAUGCAGAUAUUAUAGAGGCUCUGAACAAGAAAGAGCACCGGGAUUCGGAAAGCCCGGACCCUGAGGAGCCCUUCUCGCUCACACCUCGCACUGAGGAGAAGUACAAAAAGAUAGACGAGGAGUUUGAUAAAAUGAUGCAGAGCUAUAGACUGUCAUCUACAGUGCCAGCACCCACUUUCUCCAUGCCAGUCACAGUGCCUGUGUCCAGUCAGAGUCCUCUGCCCUUCAGCAAUCCAGGCAGCCUUGUUACCACUUCCUUUGUCACCUCCACACUCACAGACCCUCGCCUGCUGUCACCACAGCAACCACAGCUCCAGAGGAACACAGUGUCUCCUGGUCUGCCACAGAGACCAGCCAGUGCAGGCGCUCUUCUUGGAGGUGACCUGAAUAACUCAAAUGGGGCAUGCCCAAGCCCAGUGGCUAAUGGCUACAUCAGUGCCAGGGCCUCCCCAGGCCUCCUCUCUGUCUCCAAUGUCUCAAACGGUAAUAUGGGGAAAGUAGUCCCAGCCAAAUCCCCCCCUCCAUCCAGCCCUCAAAUGGUGAACAGUCGUAAGCCGGACCUCCGCGUCAUCACCUCUCAAAGCAGCAAGAGCCUCAUGCAGCUGACAGAUGAGGAGCUGGAGUUGGUGACUGAGAAUGCGCAGCGUUUAGGUGCCUCCCAGGUGACCCAGCCUCUGACUACUCCAGUGGUUUCCGUGGCAACGCCCAGUCUCCUGACCCCAUUCUCUAUGCCAACUGCCUACAACACAGAGUAUCAGCUGACGAGUGCAGAUCUCACGGCCCUUCAGGCUUUCACACCACAGGGUGCACUGUUGCCGAGUAACAUGACCACUUGGCAACAGCAGCAGCCAUCAGUAUCACAGCAACAACAGCAGCAGCAAUCCAUAUCCCAGGCUCAGCAACAGCAGCAGCAACCACAACAGAUCAGUCUGGCCUCACUCAGUAACCUUGUCAUGUGGGGUGCAGACAAACAGAACGGGGAGAUGGCUAACUGCAUCUCCGGUCUGGCCGCUAAUGUCAGUGUGACCUCUCAGGCCAGCUUACUCUUGGGCAGGGAGGAUGGGCUCAGCUGGCCAGUGGGUCCCAUCCCUCAUGGUGCCACUCUGACGGUGAACACAAACCCAAGCGUGAGCAUCAAGUCAGAACCAGUGUCUCCUAACCGAGAGCGCACUACCCCAAGCUCCACGGCAGCUCUCAGUGUCUCCCAAUACCCAGGAACCGUGCGGGUGGAGGCCUCAGGCCGCUCGCCACUCCACACCAUCAGCAGCAGCAGUAACAGCAGCGAGCGAGAAGACACAGGCCAGCCACGGCCUCCGGAUUUCAGUGUGGCCGCACUGGGGGCAAUCAGAGCAGCAGGAGAUCAAACAGCCUCUGCAGAGUCACAGGAUGCCAAACGCAUGAGAAUGGAUUCCUGGUCCACAUAAAAACAACCUGCAAGAGCUACACUCUGUCUCACUCUCACAUACACACACACACAUCGCCUUUCUCUGACACAGUUUCAUCUGCACCCAAGACACAUGCAUGCAACACACUCUUUUUCUGUUUUACACACAUACACACACACACUGCAUAUAUGUACACACAUGCAAAGAUAGUCAUGGACAGAGGUGCCAAUGCAGUGCACAUGCAAGUCUAAAGAGCUGGAGUGUUCUGGACAGGUGUAGGGUGGGAGGCUUUUUGUUUCAACAGAGCAGAGUAGGAAAAAAAAUGCCAGCUUCACUGACCUCUGAUCAGUCUUUUCUGUCCACAGCCCUGUCUCCACACUGACACACUUUAACUUUCUGAUCCAAGUCCAGCUAAACCGCUCAGACAGCCAAGUUGUUCACCGUAAAGUGUAGAGUAGCCUCUCAGAAGCUGAUAUCCAUGUCAUGUUAUUGUUGUUUGAGGUUAAUUUCCCCAUUGUUUUCUUGUGUGUGUGUGUGUGCGUGUGCGUGUGUUUUUGCUGUUUAUUUUUUAUAGCUGUUCUCUCUCUCAAUUCUUGUAACUUUCUUCUUCUUGACUAUCAUACUCAAACAGCUGUAGUACUGAUGUACAAGAUGUCUGAUAAUGUUGGGUUUUAAUCAUCAGUCAGGAUCUUUGUGUUGUUAAUCAUGCAAAAGGAUGAAGUCUGAAUCUCUCAUGAAUGAGCUGACCUAUUCAAGAUUUAAAAAUAUUUCAGGGACGGACUACGGUGACUCUUGAGGUGAACUCAGCCACACAAUUUCUUAAUGAACAUAGAACCACAGACCGACAACAAUAAUAAUAAUAAUAAUAAUAAUAAUAGUGUGUGCACACAGUGGGACAGAGAUGAUGUGGCAGUGGCUGGUAAACAUCCAUGUGCUCAGUUCAUUCAUGGUUUCAAAGUAUGUUUCCUGCUUUUUCUCUCUGCAAACUUGCGUCACAUCCCUCAGCAGUGCACCUCUACAUGAACAGCUCAUUAUGGCCACUCUUUGUUUGCAGGAGAGGCAAAUUUUUCACUUUCUUCACUUUUGUACACACGAGUACGUAUGUUUGUACCGUACGUAUGGUGUAGUGGAAAUGUAGCCCUAUUUGUACGAUUUGAACUCCUUGAAGUCCUGAUAUUAAAUACAAUUGUAUACACAUGUUGCUCAGCUGAACACUCUGUCUUAAAGAGUGAGUGGCUGUAUUAGAGUCACUACCGCUAGUUUAUGUGAGAAACAACCUAAAAUUCUGUAUUUAUUACUUGUAUGUCUGGCUUUGCAAUUCAAAUGUUUGGUAGAUCAACUUAAGAAGCGAGAUUUUUCUUAAACCAUUGUUUAAAGAACCCAGAUGUGUUUAGAAGCAAUCUGAGCCUUGGUGGGUUCAGGGUUGCGGGUUUCUAGGCUUUCGGAGCGUGUAAAUAUCCAGUUUUCUCCCCUCCGUGUUUCUGCAAAGGCUCUUGUGUAACGAGAGGAGAGGAUCGGAGACAGAGGACGGAUUCGGAGAGCUCUCAGCACAUGGGCACGAGGAUUGUAGAACUGGAGAGGAGUGUAGCUUUGUGGUGAAGCGGAGGAGAAGUCCGGGGAGGGGGACUGUACAUAGAGAAAUGUGUAUGAUCUUACACUUUGUGCUGGAUCUGCCUAAAGCAGAGCUGUAACUCUCAGUGGACAUGUCUUUCUAUUUCUAUGUGUAAAUAAAUUACCGUGUUGCGAGCGAGCCUAGUAGAGAUGCAGCAAGGGGCACAGGCAUGGGUAUGACUGUUUCAGGAGCGAUGCCUUUUUUUUAUUAUUAUAAUUAUUCGUUCUUUCUUUUUUUUCUGAAAUUGAUAUUCUGAUGGAGUGCACUUUAAAUCAACUCACACCACCACAACACACAAACCCUUUACCCUCUUUAGUCAGCUGUUUUUUUUUCACACAAGGGGAUGUGUUCUCUUUUUAUUUUUUCCUACUUUUGGUCACUUCCCUUCAUGUGCACACAAUUAACAGAAUACACACACAGCAUUGCUCUCCUCAGUUCGUUUGUCAUGCUGGUCUGGUUUCAUUUCCUUUUCCUUCAUACUGGCUUGACCACCUGGCUUUCACAUUCACGCAAUAUCUGCAGGACUGUUCCUACUGGUCUACAUUAACACAGCUCUCUAAGCAUAGACACUCCAUCCCUCCUCGCAGAAACAGCAUGCCGUUCAGGGAAGAAGAGCUCAUGUUUGUGGCCCCACAUUUCACGCCUCGUUUUUUGACAGUGAACAAUUAUUAGAGACAACUGUCACUUUUGUAAAAAGACGUUGUACUUAUAAACAUAAUAGAUUAGACUUAACUCGACAUGUGUUGCAAAUGUGCAAUUCUCAAAAUGCAAAAAAAGAGAUGUCUAUUAUUGAAACAAUAAUGUACACAAAUUGUUUUAUGGUCAUUAGUGUAGUGAAUAGAAUGAAGGAUGUUUCAUUAUUGGUAAUGAAGAAUAGAAGAAGACAAGCAGCAAUCUCUGUUCCAAGAUGGAACAGAAUGGUUUUAAAUGAUUUAAACAGUGCUGUGUGUAUUGAUAUCCCAAAUCUGUAGUCUGUCAUUUCCCCCAAAUGCUUAAAAAAGAGAGAUUCUGUGACAUAUCUAAUGAGAUGAAGUAUUGGUGGAAAAAAAGAAUAGCCUUGUUGAAUGGAAAGAUUUUCCCUAAAUCAGGAGUCACCAUGAAGUGUCUCAGAGUUUGGUUUAUUUGGCUAAAUAUUGCAUAGUCAUUGUGGAAUAACUUACAUUAUUAUAUGUAUAUGCUCAGGUGAGAUCUGCCUUGCAUCAGUCCCUUCGUCUUGGCAGCUGAUUUUUAUUUUUUAUUUUUAUUUUUUUCUUUAAACCUUGUCACUCUCUCUCUCCAUUUCCCAGUGUCUCUCACUCCCUUUCUCUCACUGCCCUUCUCUUUUUUUGUUUGGCAAGCGGCCAUCUCACCUAAACCAUCACAACCAGGAAUCCAUAUCUCCUAGCCAACAACACACGCACGCACACACACACACACACACACACACACACACACACACAAUCACCUAGUACCACCUCUGGUCUGCACGUUGGAACACCUGUAGACUUUAAGCUUGAGCUUUGAACAAAUUAACAGAUUUCUGAACGUUUUCUUGAGGUGUGAAAAGUUUGCAAGCUCUGAAAAGGAUCGUUUUGGUAAUGUUAAGAGUCAUUGUAUUCAAAAGGAAAGACAAUCGUCACGUGAAUAGUUAACUUUCGCCCCCAUAUCCCCUAUGUAUGAUGUUUAGAGAAGCUCAAUUUUUCUAGUGUUAAUUUGUGCUGGUGACAGUUCUAUUGUCUGUUUUUAUUAUAAUUGUUAUAAUGGUUAUCAUUACCAUUAUUGUUAUCAUCUUUGAUGAUGAUAAUAAUAAUGAUAAUUUAAAGAUUUUUAUUUUCUGCAUUUUUUUUGUGUAGGGUAGGCAUCUUAUUUUAUUUGAAUUUGACUUUAUUUUAUUAUAUAUGAAAUACUAUAUAAAUAUCUUUGUAUUCAGGGUUUUUUGUUUUGUUUUGUUUUUAUUGUUUUCUUCAAAGGGGUGUUACUAAUAUUGCACGAAUUUAUUAAGACAAAAACGUCAGUAGUGAUAUUAGUACUUAUUGGUAACUGAGGGAAGUGAUAAACAAGCUGAUAGAGUGACCAGUCAAAUGCUGCAAUUUUUAGUCAAUUGUACAAAACUAUCUCUACACAUAGAAGAGUAGGGAUAGUCACGCGUUUAAUUUAUUCAGAUCAGACACAGAUGUCAAUGCAUGGGCGUAAAAACAAACAAAGAAUGAGUCAUAUAAUAAUAACAAAUGUAAUUUCAUUAAGAAUAUACACCACACACAACUAGAAUAGAAAUUGAAGAAAAAAGUUUAAAGAAAAAUAGCUAAUAUAUUGUGUUCUGCUAGUAUGCUUUGAGUUUUGUUGUAAACAAAAGAUAUUUUCUGUUGUUUUCGGAGAAUGAUAUACAAUUUGUGUAUAUUUUCAUAAACAAAGUAUGCACUGAUAUGUUAUUACAAAUUAUAUACUGCUUUUACAAAAAAGUGUUUGUUAUUGUACCAAAGUAUCCAUUUGUCCUUUAUGACCUUCCCUUCCCCCUUUUGCGUAUGUUUUACUGUAUUUUAUAUAUUAAAUAGACAAGUUGACCUACAAAGAA